AUGACGAAAAGUCCUUGUCCAAGAUUAAUUUUUGUCCGCCAUGGUCAAACUGAAUGGUCCAAGAGUGGACAGUAUACUUCGAGAACCGAUCUUGACUUGACUCCAUUUGGUGUCAAACAAAUGAGAAACACUGGUAAAGGUCUUAUUGGUUCUGGUAACUUGCAAAUGAUCAAACCGGAGAAUUUAACUCAUAUUUUCGUUUCUCCAAGGAAAAGAGCACAACACACCUCGGAAUUGUUAUUAGAAGAAGUUGACCCAGAAGUCAGAGCCAAAAUCCCCAUUGAAAUUGAAGAAGAUAUAAGAGAAUGGGAAUAUGGUGAAUACGAAGGUUUAAAAACCAAUGAAAUUAUUGAAUUGAGAAAACAAAAAGGAUUGGAUAAGGACCUGGAAUGGACUAUUUGGGGUAAAGGGUGUGAAGGGGGUGAACAGCAUUUUGAAGUUGCAGAAAGAUUGGAUCGUUUUAUUGAGAAAAUCCAAAAAAUUCAUCGUGAAGCUCUUGCCAAAGGAGUAGCAUCUGAUAUCAUUGUUGUUGCUCAUGGACACAUAUUAAGAUGUCUUGUUGCAAGAUGGGUUAAGCGUGAUUUAAGUACCAACCCGCAAUUGAUUUUGGACGCUGGUGGUGUUGGUGUUUUAAGUUAUCAACAUCACAAUGUCGAUGAACCUGCAAUUUAUUUGGCUGGGGCAUUUACAGUCCCGAUUGAGGAAGAAGGUGCAGAUAUUUAA